AUGGACGAAAGCUUGGAUAUCAAUGACACGCCACAAUUACUCAUCUUUAUCCGAACGAUCAACAGUAAGUUUGACAUUACAGAAGAACUGCUUGACAUGGUUUCACUGAAAAAUGGAACAACGGGCAUUGAAAUAAAAAACGCUGUGCUGGAAACAUUAGAAAAGUUUAACAUUGGACCAGAAAAAAUCACAGCAUUCACAACAGAUGGCACACCGGCCAUGCUUGGUAAGAGGAACGGAGCCGUGGCUUUGCUGAAAGAAACGCUGAAAAAUGGCGGGAUUGCUGCUGAGGGUAUUUUCUCAUACCAUUGUAUUGUGCAUCAACAAGCCUUGUUUGCUAAGUUCAAAUGUAUGAAUGAAGUGAUGGCAAAUGUAAUCGAAGUGGUUAAUUAUAUCAGGGCCCGUGCAAGAAACCACUUAAAUUUUAAACUGCUGUGCGAGGAGUUUGACACUCACUAUGGAGAUUUGGUGUUACACACCGAGAUCAGAUGGCUGUCUAAAGGACGUAUGCUUGCACAUUUCAUGGACCUGCUUGAACCCCUGAAAUCCUUCAUUGUCGGCCAAGGGGAGACUUCCCGAUUUUCCUUUUUGGAUGAUAAAGAGUGGGUGCUGUCUGUUGCGUUCCUGUGUGACAUUACGCAGCACUUGAACGAACUUAAUCUCAAAAUGCAGGGAAGAAACAAGACCGUGUAUGAGCUCUACACGGCUAGAGCCUUUGGAGGCUCCUGCUUUGAGUUUGUGGAUCUCCAGCAUACUUUCUUCAGUGCGCAGGUAUGGUGUGAGCAGCGUGGUGGACACCUUGGAUUCAUCCCAGAUGAAGAAACUCAAUAUUUCCUCCAAAGACUAUUGGACCCCAAGAAGGACGUGUGGCUUGGAGUAGCAACCUCUCCCGCUCCAAACCUGCUAUAUUCUUCAACUGUUGAAGGUGCCCUUUCUUGGCUGGAUGGUUCACAUGUAACCUAUUCAAACUGGGUGAGAAGCCCACAGCCAGGAGCAGUUUGUGGACACAUACUGAGAGAUUCAGGGUUUCAAUGGGAAGCUACAGGAGACUGCAACAAAACACUGCCCUUCAUCUGCCAGUUUGACUCCGGCAGAACCAUUGUGUGUGCAGGUCGUAACACCACUCUGCAGUGUGGAUCUGGUCAAGUCUUAAUGAUAGAUGGCGGCUUCUAUGGUCGUAAGAACAUUUAUUACUGUCGAUCCAUGCUCUCCCCACCGACAACAUCCACAGAUCAUCAGUGCAUCUGGGUGGAUGUUGUAGACUCAUUAAAAGCUCGCUGCCACAACCGUCAGGUCUGUCAGAUUGCUGAAGUUGUGGACUUCUUUGGUGAACCCUGUCCUAAACUGGGGAGCUACCUGUCUGUGGAGUACAACUGCAAAGAUGGGCUCACACUGUCAGUGAGCACGGUGGCUGCUGUUUUUGAUGACGUCACCAUCAGUGUGAAGUGGCUCUUAUAUUUGCCGCAGGGAAACCUUAGCUGCAAGCUGAAUACCGGAGAUGGCCAUGUUGUUUAUCUGCAUAGUCCAGAAGGGUUGGAGAGCAGCAAGAUGCACAAAUAUACUUAUCCAAGCACAUUUGUUGUGGCAGUUGAAUGCACCCGCAGUGGCAUACACAUUACAGCUCAGAGCAUAAUCACCAUUCAAGAGCCCAUCACAGUGUUUGGCAUAGUCAGGUGCUAUGCUGGGAAACUGUCUUUUCAUGUAACCAACUGCAAUGCCCUUGACAGAGAGCCAUUUCAAAUUCAAAUGGAGGUAAAAACAGGUACAAAUGUGAGCUACAGGAUACAGAAAGAUAAAAUGUUGUUGUCAGGUGCAUCUGUGGUCAGAGGAAAUGUUCCCCAGAACAUCACACUGACUCCAGAAAUGGUGAAGCAGCAUGGGCCUGGCUGCCACCAGUUGACACUUUAUGCAUCUAACAUGGUCACGUUCCCUGAAGUGUCCACAGACCUGCAGAUGUGUGUGUUGGAGAAAGUAACCGGGCUUCAGGCCUCUGUGGUGACAGAGAGGGAUGAUUGUCUAGGCUCUCCAGAUCUUACAGUUGCUGUUUCACUCGAACGGGGCGUGCCUGUGCUGCUCCUCUUCUCUCUGACUGGUGACAACAGCUCAUACUCUGAGACCAGAAAAAUGAAUACAAGCAUGGGCACUUUUCAUAUUGAACACCCGAUUCAAGCGGAUGUCGUACCUCUUUACAAAACAUACACCAUAAAGACCAAAUCAUCUGGAAAGAAACCAGAUGCUGACAAAGAAAACCCAGGAGACGGUGACACUAUCUCCCCUACCAAACCUACCACCCCUAUCGCUGGUCCUGCUUCUACAUCAUCUGGCACUAUUAGUGACACCACUACCACCCGUACCAACCCUACCACCGCUGGUCCUGCCGCUACAUCCCCUGGCACUAUAAGUGAUGCUACUACCACCCGUACCAACCCUACCACUGCUGGUCCUGCCAUUACAUCCCCUGGCACUAUUAGUGACACCACUAGCACACCUACUACCGCAAACACCAUUGAUACAUCUCUACCAGCAACCAGUAAGCAUCUGCGUUGCAGUAAUAACAAUGAGGUGAAGUCAGUCUUCCUUCCUCUGGGAGAAAGCAGUUCCAACUACAUCCUGAUUAUCAAAGCAACUGCUAAAAAUAGCAGCUUUGUAACUAGCACCACUAUAACGGCAAAGGUGCUGGAUUCCACAGCGGACUCCAGCUCUUCAGUAGAUGGUCUCAAGGCUACAGUGGAGAAUGCUGUGGCUCCGCUAAAGAAACAAGGUCUACUGUCGGUUGAAACUCUUCGUGAGAAGAUUCUGGGCAUAAUGAUUGACACAGUAAAAGAAGCUCCCACCAACACGCCAGAAGAAGUUCAGGUGAUAGCCAGGGGACUUAAUGCUGUCGUCCAGAAAGGCUCUGAACUCAGCUCCUCUGCUCAGCUUGUCGGUUCGUCAUACCGGGUGUGUUUUGUCCUGCGGCUCGCUGUGGUUUCCCUGAAAAACAUCUCUGAUGCCCUUCUCCUUGCUCUGAGCAAUACACAGAGCGCACUGCUAGCAUUUAUAGAUGCUAACGGGGGGCCAUCUAUCAUCCAACAAGGCCAUAUUGGUCUGUUUGUUAAUAGAUUGACAAUGGGAAGUUUGCACACAGAGUUCAUAAAUAUUCCCAGCAGUUUUGGCCCCACAUUUUCUCUCCCUGCACUUCAAUCUAUAUUACAUUCAGAUGAACCAGUGGAUGUACGAAUGCUGAGUGUAGAUAAAAACCCAUUUUCCUGGAAUGAGAGAGGGAACAUCAGUGGUCAAACAGCUGCCCUAUCCCUCACGAGAAAAGAUGGCUCCAGUAUCGCUGUGGGGAACUUGAGUGAGGAUAUUAAGAUUCUGUUGCCAAGGCCUGUUGGAGAGCAGGUGAACGCCUCUUUUUUGGACCUGGGGAACUACAGCACAACGAUCAUUGACAUUCCUUCAGCUGACUCUACGCUGGUUUUAAAGAUGGUGCCUUCAAAUGAUCCUUUACCCUUCAAACUGUUUCUUGGUUAUAUGGACUACCCUACUGAAACAAAUAAUGUAGCAAUGACAGAGAUGCCUCACCAGGGUACUACACAAGAGGAGAGAUACACUUGGCUACUAGACCCUAAGGAUUUAAAGGGAAACACUGGAGUGCACUAUCUUGUAGUGAGGCCCAUUGUAGGUCCGGGUAUAAAAUCCAUCAAUGCCAAUUUAUCAAUUACCUCCAUAACUACCGCAUGUAAAUUUUGGGAUGAGUCAAUAUUUGAGUGGAGCACUCAUGGAUGCAGGGUUGGUGUUCAGAGCACUCAUUUAGUCACCCAGUGCCUCUGCAACCAUCUUACAUUUUUUGGGAACUCAUUCUUCGUCACCCCCAACCUUGUCGACGCGUCACGCACCGCAGAGCUGUUUGGGACUUUUGCUGAGAACCCUUUGGUUGUCUGCUUUGUGGGGUCACUUUUUGUGGCCUAUCUUUUGGUGGUUGUGUGGGCCAGACGAAAAGACAUUCAAGACACGGCCAAGGUGAAGGUGACUGUGCUAGAGGACAACGACCCCAUGGACGAGUACUACUACCUGUUGAGUGUCAGCACUGGGCACCGGAGAGGAGCCUCAACUUCCUCUGAGGUGACAAUCACUCUGCUGGGUGCAGAGGGAGGCAGUGAACCACAUCAUCUCUCGGAUCCAAAGAAAUGUGUGUUUGAGAGAGGUGCGGUGGAUUUGUUCCUGAUAACUACACCCUUCUCCUUGGGAGACCUACAGGGCAUCAGACUGUGGCACAACAAUUCAGGAAGCCAUCCUGAAUGGUAUGUUGGCAAUGUCAUGGUGCAGGAUUUACAUGCGAAGCAUAAAUGGCAUUUCCUAUGCAACUCCUGGCUGGCCAUAGACAGCGGGGAUUGUUCCCUAGAUAAAGUGUUUCCUGUUUCGACAGAGAUUGAUUUAAAGAGGUUCAGUAACUUGUUCUUUAUGAAGACUUCAAAGGAUUUCAGUGACGGACACCUGUGGUACUCUGUGAUCAGUCGACCACCGAGCAGCAGCUUCACCUGUGUUCAGAGAGUUUCCUGCUGUUUUACCCUGCUGCUCUGUACCAUGCUUACCAGUGUCAUGUUUUAUGGCAUCCCAACUGAUCCCUCUGAGCAGACCAUGGACCUUGGUCACUUUGAGUUUACCUGGCAACAGUUUAUGAUUGGAGUUCAGAGCUCCCUCAUUAUGUUUCCCAUGAAUAUCCUUAUUGUUAGCAUCUUCAGAAACACUCGUCCUCGAGAGACAUUUUGUUGCAAGCGCAAAACAGAAAAACGAGAUGCCCUUGAACGGACGUCUUUCUCACAGACUACCACCACCAACAUGAAUGUUAAUGUUACUUUGGACACUGUCCUUAAGGAUAUCAUAAGAAUUGCCCAGUCACUGUCUAAGACCGUGAAAAGCAACAUAACAUUCAUAGAGUCAGAGUUUGGCUCCGGACAACAAGUAGAUAUCAAUGAUGUGCUUUCUGUGGUGGAGAACUUCAUCAGACAGAAUAACCAAACCAGCGACUCCACCCAGCCCAAAACGUUUUCCAACCUCAUUCAGCCUCAGCUACCAGAAUGCGGUGCUAGUCUACAUCCUGGGUCAACAGAGGAAGGGAUUCAAAAGAAGAGCAACAAAACCCAAUAUCUAUAUCGGCAGCUGUGUCACAUCGACAAAGAGCUGUGUCUGCUGGGACCCUCUGGCUUCCCCACCCCACACAGCUACUGCCAGGCUGUGCAGCAAAUCCAUAGCAUGAAGGGAUUUCUUGAAGAUCAGCUCUUCACAUUCAGCUUUGUCAACCCAGAAGAACUCAAUCAGAAGAAGUUGAGCCCUGCAGACAGCACUGAUGGUGACGGUAGUCAGAAGAAAAGGGUGUGCUGUCAUGGAGGCCUACCUUGGUGGUUUAUUUUUGUCGGCUGGCUGCUUAUGAUCGCAAGCAGUUUUGUUGCAGGAUAUUAUACAAUGCUUUAUGGGCUGAAAUUUGGAAAGGAACGCUCUGCGAGCUGGUUGGUGUCCAUGAUUGUCUCCUUUUUUCAGAGUAUCCUCAUCAUUCAGCCAUUGAAGGUGCUAUGUCUUGCAGUCUUCUUUGCACUUGUAAUAAAGAAAGUUGAUGAGGAAGAUUAUCAAAAUAUGCUGUUUGAAGGAAUUGACAGAAAUCUAGGUGAUCGUAAGGACCAAGAAACGGUCGGACGGGAUAACAGUCUCUAUGAGCCUCCUCCUGCUGCGGACAUUGAGACGAUGAAAAGGAACAAGAUCAUGGAACAGAAAGCCUUUGCCCUCCUCAAGGAGAUUUUGACCUACAUGGGAUUUAUGUGGAUGCUUCUGCUGGUGGCGUACGGCCAGAAAGAUCCCAAUGCUUUUUUCCUGAAACAGCACAUCCGGGAUAGCUUCAGUCGAGGGAUUUCCGACAGCAUGAGUCUUGGAGAUGUGUUCUCGUGGGCCAACACAUCGCUACUAAGUAACCUUUUUGGAGUUUAUCCAGGAUUUAUCACAGAUGGAAACUCCAAGCUAGUGGGUAAAGCCCGUCUUCGUCAAUUGAGAGUGCAGAAGAAUUCCUGUCAGAUUGCAGGCUCCAUGCUCCAGUUUGUACCAGACUGUCAUGCUCCAUAUUCAUGGGACGUGGAGGACAUAGACUCCUACGUCCCUGGCUGGAACCAUUUGUUGAGGGAUAAUAUCUCUACAAGCACCUCCAGCUCAUGGAGGUACCAGACACAGGCUCAGCUCAGGGCUCAUCCUGUCCGGGGAAAAAUGGUGCUGUACAGGGGAGGUGGCUUUGUAGUGGAGCUCGGCCCGGAUUCACAAAAUGCAAGCAGCACCCUUGAGUAUCUGUACAGGAACACCUGGUUGGAUACGUACACAAGGGCAAUCUUUGUAGAGUUUACCGUCUAUAAUGCUAAUGUGAACCUCUUCUGCAUCGUCACACUCUUACUUGAGACGUCAGCUGUAGGAGCAUUUCAGUUCUACAGUGAGCUGCAGAGUGUUCGUCUUUACCAAUCAACUGGUGGUCUUCACUUCUUUGUUAUGGCUGCUGAGAUCAUAUACCUUCUUUUCAUCCUCCAUCACAUGUUCCUGCAGGGCAAAUUAAUGAAGCAGCAGCGGUGUGCUUACUUCAGGAACAAGUGGAAUCUUCUUGAGUUGACUAUCAUCUUACUGAGCUGGAGCGCCGUGGCUGUCUUCAUCAAGAGGACCCUGCUUGGGAACCGCGACAUGACCUACUACCAAAACCACAAGGACAAAUUUGCCAGUUUUUACGAGACAGCCACAGCGGACUCAUUUCUUCAGUAUCUGAUCGCCUUCCUGGUUCUGCUUGCCACCUUCAAACUGUGGUACCUGCUCAGACUGAACCCCAAGAUGAACAUGAUCACUGGUGCACUGCAGCGGGCGUGGGGUGACAUUUACGGUUUACUUUUGGUCAUUGUGAUCAUGUUCGUGGCAUAUUCCGUUGCGAGCAACAUCAUUUAUGGCUGGAAGAUAUCCUCAUAUAGAACUUUGACUGAUGCUCUUCUGACCAUCAUCAGUUUGCAGAUAGGCAUCUUUAACUACGACGAGGUCUUGGACUGCAGCCCCAUCCUUGGUGGAUUACUCUUUGGCUCCUGUAUUGUGUUCAUCACGUUUGUGGUGCUCAAUCUCCUCCUCUCAGUGAUCCUCGUUGCAUUCAACCAGGAGCAAAUAUAUCACAAGCCCUCAGACGAGGAGGAGAUUGUUGACCUGAUGCUGAAGAAAAUCUGCAGUCUUUUUGGGAUCAGAUAUAAAGAUUCAAAAGACGCCCUCGGGCCUGAUGUGAACGGGGCUGAAGGCAUGACCCUUAAUAACAGCAGAAAUAUCCUUAACAAUUCCUCAAUUGAUGUAAACAAGUUUUCAGACAUCUGACUACUCAGUUAGGAAUAUGGCUUUAUUUUGUUGUAUUUCAUAUUUGAGUGAGCCAAUAUCCACAUUCUCAUUCGUUCUGGUUUGUUAUUCUUUGACUGUUCCCUACUGGGACGUCACAGCAUGCUGUGCUGCUUUGUGAAUAUGGUGUGAUAGAUAAUUAUCAAAAACCAAAGUAUACUACACGCUGUUGGUGUGAAUAUGAUGUUUAUUUAGACAAAGUUUAUUGUAUUCACAGCAAUAUUUUCUUCUCAUUGAUCAUUACUUGGGACGCAUAAAUAGAACGUUACACACUUGAAUAUAACAGUGUAUUCACUUGACAAAGGUGUGGGUCCUAAUUAAUAAUCGAGAUGUGAGACGAUUACACUAUAGUAUUUAUGUUCACAUGUUUAAAAAAUGAAUUGAGAAUUAGUUGGUAUAGUUAAGUUAAGAAAAAGUAUGUAUAUUUGUUAACCUUGUCAACUCUCUAUUCUAGAGAACUGACCUGAUUGGCCAGUUUGAACUGAGAAGGCGGGCUCUAUUGCUAUAUACUGUAUGUGACUGGAAUGACAGAGAAAGGGCUUGUUGGUUUUUUGGAUAGCUGGAAAAUAAAA